AUGCUCAGACGCCCAGCAACGACUCGCACAAUGGCACACGCACCAGCCCGACUCGCGCAACUCACACAACACCUCGCACCGUCGUCCUCGUCCAACUCGACGUCGACUGCCCCACACCGCGCUGCCUCGUCCAGCGCCACGACGGGCGAGAAGGCGGGCAAGUCUGUGCGACCACAGCCUCCGAGGGCGAGCGAGUUCCGCUACUUCUUGCCGUUCCAGACGAGGUGGGCAGACAACGACAAGUACGGACACAUGAAUAACGUCGUCUACUCGCUCUACUUCGACAGCAUCACGAACCACUACCUGAUCCACCAAGUCCCCCGUCCCCCUUCCUCACCUCCUCCCCUCGGCCUAAUAGUCUCCUCCUCAACAUCCUACGCCUCAUCCCUCUCCUACCCCUCCCCCGUCGUCGCCGCUCUAGCAGUCUCAAAUCUCUCUGCGCGGUCUGUCACUUGGCGGAUCGCGUUGUUCGAGGGGGAGUACGUACCCCCUCUCGAUGCAGGCGGAGAGGUAGGGAUGGACGGCUUUUCCCUCGACUCGUUGCGUGAAGGGGCUGUUGGGCGGAAAGUGAGGGUCAAGAAGGACGAGAAGAGUGGUGAGGAGGUGAGAGCGGCGGCGUGGGGUGAGAUGGUGCAUGUCUUCGUGGAGGAGGAGAGCCGGAGGCCGCUCAAGGAGCUGGGGGAGGGGUUGAGAGGUGCGUUGGAGAGAUUGUUGGUCCGAAGCGAGGAAUAG